AUGUUCGCCCUAGCUGGUGAUGUUCUCUAUAUGAUUCUGGAUAUCCUCGGUGAUGAGAAGGACUACAACAGCUUUGAGGAGGACUUCUUAAUUUACUGUUACAUCCGCUACUUGGAUCUCGAUGACAUGUACGAUCUCCUCAGAGAUCCAGGAUUUACCGGCAAGAUCAGAGAUGAUUUCUUUGCUCCAGAGGUACUAGAUUUCUUGUCCCAUGACUAUGCGUCCAAAGGGAAUAAACGGCUUCGCUCAACCAGGAUAUCCCCUGACAAUGAAUGGUUAAUGACCAGGCUUGGUGGAGAGUAUUUUGAAGUUUUCAGCUACUCUCACCUGGGCCCUCGUUCAAUAGAAGCUCUAGGGUCACACUUGAAUUCCUUGAGGGAAUUGAAGCUAACAAGUCUCUCCAUUGAGGCAAUUGCUAAACUGCCUUCAUUGACUGCGCCGCCGGUGCUGGAGGUCUUAGUAUUGACAGAUUCAAUUCCAGCACCACGAACCGAAGAGUUCUAUUCCACCGUCACCCGUGUUGCUGACUGGAUACGCAGUUGUAAGGCUUUGCGGCGGCUUUCUCUUAGAAGAUUCGUUGAUGACUCGAAUCUGUUAUCGCAGGUCCUAACUCAUGAAGGCCCUCAUCUAUCCAGUCUCUCACUGGAGGCACACACGAUGGCUGGGAGUGGUGCUUUCUACGAAGCUCUUGCCAGUCAACAGACAUUGCGGAAUUUGUACCUCCGUGGAGAGGCAAGCGAAUUUCCUGUAGAUAAUGAAGCGCUUGUCCAAGGGAUCAUCCGACUGAAUAACCUUCACGAACUUGAACUCAAAGACAUCUCCGACUGUUUUACGAUCAAUCAUAUUACCGUUCUAACCCCAUUUCUCCCUCAUCUGGAGAGGCUCUGGAUCAGUGGUGACUUCUUUAAUGACGAUAUCUGGAACGCUUUCCUGUGUCUACCAAAUCUUCAGAGCCUUGUCAUCCACGCACUUAGCGAAUUCACAUCCCGAGGCAUUCUCGACUUCAUUUCUCGUUUGGGACCUGGCAAUCGGGGAUUUAGCCUGUCUAUUUUGAAUGCGACUACGGACGCAAAUAUCACGGAAGAGGCACAGAAUUUGAUUCGUGAGAAUUUGAGGAAUAGCUUGGAUGGAUCGUUUGAUUUUGGUCUUGCACAAGAGGAGUAUAGUGAUAUGGACUCGGCUGAAAUGUCGGAGUAA